AGGCAGGUACGCGGAAAGGGAGGAAGAAUGUGGAGCUGUGUGUGUCACUGCAGGGCAAUUUGACUGUUUUUUUACUUUUUAAAGUUAGAAUGAGUUAAAUAUAUAAAGCCGGGGCUGGAGGAGGAGAACAUGGGGCUGUGCUGCAGAAGUCUGAAGGAUGAGAAGAUCCUCAUGAAGAUGGGGUUGGGCUUGGUGCUGGCGGGCCAUGUGAACUUCUUGCUGGGGGCCCUGAUGCAGGGCAGUGUGCUGAGGGAUGUGAAAGUGAGCGCUCAGUUUUCCACCUUAGAAUACGCCAUCACCAACAUCAUCGCUCUCGUAGCAGGACUCAUGGGCAUUAUUGGAGGAAUAAUAGCCAUCGUUCUCUCCAAAAACAUGAAAAAACAGGCACUGAAAUGGUCAUUAUUGAUGAUGAGCAUCCUGGCUUUCCUCCUGGGUGCUGCCUCUGCAGUGAGCGUCAGCAUCUCCAUGGUGAACGCCAUCACUAACAGCGGCAUGAGUCUACUGGCACAGUGCAAUCUGAGCGGCAACAUCAGCACCUACAACACCUACCGCAUCACCAACGAGUGCCCCUUUGACCCCACCCGCAUCUACGGGACUACUCUGAUCCUGUGGGUGCUGCUGGUCCUGAUGUCCAUGGUGGAGGUGGUGUUCUCUGGACGUUGCUUCGUGGCCUGCACCGCGUUCCUGCGUCUGCCCUGCCCCUGGAGGAAGAGACCGGUUAAUGCCAAAAGGAAGGGGCGUGUCCAUUUCCCGGAGGAGUCCGUACCAUCCUCACCUGUACCAGAGUCUUCCAUCAACUGCCCAGAAGAGGAGGAACCAACGGAGGAAAACGACCUUCUAGAUGCCACCUCACCUACCGAAGAGACCAGUGAUUGGCUGUGAGCCAGAGGUCCUGCUCACCUGAGCCACAGGUGGACACUGCACACACCAAGUGCCACGCCCCUCUGGGACCAGUUUUUAUAUUUGUGGACAAGUCGCAAAGUGAGCGUCAGCAGCAUGGUGCCCUUGGUUCCCAGUUCUCUAACUGUAUUGAACAGUUUCAUUGUUCUGAGAAACUUUUCAAGUGGGCUAAUAUACUCACUCACUGGCCAUAUUAUUAGAAACACCAGCCUUGUACUUUCACUCACAGGCCACUUCAAAUGGUAAAACAAAAAACUAUGACCAACAUCUUUAUAAACAUUACAAUAUUUAUAUUCUUAUAAUUUCCAUUGCCAUGCAACAUUUAAUGCACCAUUGGAAAAUUAGCAACUAAUAUAUCUAAUAUUAAUUUAAUAUUAAUAUUAUUAUAUCUGUUUAACUGUUUAACAAAAUGUGACUUUGUGAUGUCAAACCAACUGUUAAAUAUAUGCAUACAUACAUACAAAUACAUGUAUACAGUACUAUAGAUGUAAACUUGACUAAAAGUACAAGUGCUCUAUUUAAAGAGACUUGAGUAAAAGUUUAACUGUUCUUUAAGCUCCACAUUUAAGUGGAAGAACUAAAGUACCCAACAUUUUUUGUUUAAAAAGCUUUGUUACAAUGCAGCACAUAAAAAUGUAUUGGAGUAAAAAUUUUGAACUCAUUCAAAAUAUACAGUAAUAUAAAAGUGGAAGUAGGAGCAAAUAAUACUCCUGUAUAUACAGAUACAGCAUUUUAGUACUUAACCCUUGUGUGGUGUUCGGGUCUGUGGGACCCGUUUUCAUUUUUCAUCAAAUGA